AACAUGUCUAACUCAACCAACGGAGACACUAAGGCCCAGUGCUUACCCCGCAACGGGCUGGUGAAGAUCCCCGGUCCCACCAAUGGCCUGGGCUCUGCCAGCAUUACCAAAGGAACACCAGCCGUCAAGAACCGAAUUUGCCAGCCCGCCUCAGUGCCAUCCAUUUUAAGUCAAGCCUUCCCCAAGAACACAGAGCAUGUCAACCCUUCAGUGUUACCCAUUUUGCCCCCACCCCCGACCCACAGCAUCCCUCUGGGUCUCAGCCCUGGAGAAGAGAACCCCCCCAACCCUUGCGGCCUCUCCAUGGACAGGAUCCUGAACCAGGGCAUGGACUGUCACCUGGCCCUCGACGAAAAGAUCCUCAACCGGCUCUUCUGUUACUUCUCGGCCUGUGAGAAAUGCGUCCUUGCGCAGGUCUCCAAGACGUGGAGGCGGGUCCUGUACCAGCCGAAGUUCUGGGUUGGACUGGCCCCCGUUCUUCACGCCAAGGAACUGUACAAUAUGCUGCCCACGGGGGAGAAGGAGUUUGUCAGUCUGCAGGGGUUCGCGGUGCGCGGGUUUGACUCAUUCUGUUUGGUUGGGGUUUCAGACCUGGACAUCUGUGAGUUCAUUGACAACUAUCCCCUGUCCAAGAAAGGGGUGAAGUCUAUAAGUCUGAAGAGGUCAACGAUCACCGACGCUGGCUUGGAGGUGAUGCUGGAGCAGAUGCAGGGCGUUGUAAGAUUAGAGCUCUCGGGAUGUAACGAUUUCACAGAAGCUGGUUUGUGGUCCAGCUUACACGGACGCAUCACCUCCCUAAGCGUCAGCGACUGCAUCAACGUGGCGGACGACGCGGUGGCGGCCAUCUCCCAGCUCCUCCCCAAUCUGGGCGAGCUGAACCUCCAGGCUUACCACGUCACGGACACCGCCUUGGCUUACUUUACUGCCAAACAGGGCCGGGCCACGCACACGCUGCGCCUUCACUCCUGCUGGGAGAUCACCAACCAUGGUGUGGUCAACGUGGUCCACAGCCUGCCCAACCUCAGCGUCCUCAGCCUGUCCGGCUGCUCCAAAGUGACCGAUGACGGGGUGGAGCUGGUGGCCGAGAACCUGAGAAGGCUCCGAGGACUGGACCUGUCGUGGUGCCCCAGGCUGACAGACACGGCACUGGAGUACAUCGCCUGCGACCUGCACAAGCUGGAGGAACUGGUCCUUGACAGGUGCGUCCGGAUUACAGAUACAGGACUGAGUUACCUGUCCACCAUGACAUCGCUCCGAAACCUGUACCUACGUUGGUGCUGCCAGUUGCAGGAUUUUGGUCUGAAACAUUUACUGUGUAUGAAAAGUUUACGACUCUUAUCUUUGGCAGGUUGCCCAUUGUUGACAACCACCGGCCUUUCGGGCCUCGUUCAACUACAGGAUCUAGAAGAACUGGAACUCACCAACUGCCCCGGUGCCACACCUGAACUCUUCAAGUAUUUCUCCCAGCACCUGCCCCGCUGUGUCGUGAUCGAAUAAGAUGCAGGAGCUGACCUUUAGAACCGUAUUCUCCGAAAACCAUUCCCAGCACCGACCAUCUGAUCGGAGACUUUGGCAGUAGGGGUGGUGGGCUGACACAGCCGAACCAUCGAUUUGUUGACAAGCAAGGAGAGCAAGUUCCUGGGAGAUAUUUUACACUCCGGUUUGUGAAGACCUCAUUCCAUGUCCCGAAGAAAAAAAAAAAAAAGGGUUGUAUAUUUCCCACACCUCAUCUAUUGUCUUUUCUGUCGUGGACUGUUAUGAAACUCACAAGUAGAGCCGGCUCCCAUCCGAAUAAAAAAAAAAACAUCAGCGUACUCUACAAGGAUUCUAUGGUGUGAGGUUGAGUCCAGCUCAUUGUGGAAUGUUGCUUCAAGUUCAGUGGUGGUCCUUCAUGUUUUGGUUCCCGAUGAUUCAGAAGAUUUUUAUCUUAGAUAGUCUGUUCCGGAGCAUUCAUUGAUUCUGGUUUUUGUUGAUGUCCUCAGUUUGGAGCCAUCACAGAUGACGAGAUUUACAGAAGAACAAAGAAAUACAUGAAAAAGAAUUCUUCGCAGGAGGCACUGGCGUCCAAGUAUGUGCUUCUUAGAAAGUAGGACAAGUUCAAAGAAGGUUCUGCAUGGCUGUAGAAAAAGUCUCAACGCUAUCAUAUGGCUUGCAUCGAGAUGGAGGGAUUAAGUCGAUCCAUAGAAACCCUUCCUAGAACACAAUCCCGUUUUGACUUUUUUACACCUCGUCGCCCUGUUUUCUCUAUGGUGUAAACAUUUCAGCAUUUGACCGUCGCUUCUUCUAGUUCAGAGUUUCUAUAUUUUUCCUAUAGGCGUAAACCUCACAAUAGCUUUCUUGGCAUGAGUGCAGUCAUGCUGUUUAUAAGGUGGCGGUGGUAGGCAACACGAGAACGUUGGCGAAUGCAUUUAUUAUGGCCAACAUGUUGGCGGAAUGGAAAAGAAAUGCCAUAUUGCAUCACAUUCAGCUGCAUAUUUUCUACCCAUGACACUGGUCGGUCAUGAGCUGCCUUGAGUGGUCAUCCUUUUGGUAUCUGGAUCCAUAACGAAGCCAUCCAGUUGGAAAACAAAGAGUAGGGUAGACUCAGAGAUAUGGUGGGACCAUUGACCAGAACGUCUUCUGGAAAGAAAUCGCCUUGUACAAACCUUUUGCUUCGACGGAGGAUUCUUUCCUCUCUUGUACAUCUUCCCGGCUUGCCCUAGUGCCUGUACAUUACUGCUUGUGCUCACUUCACUGCUUUCACUGAGACCAGAAGAUGGAGGACAUUCAAAUUGCAUUACUUCCAUCCAUGGCCUGUGCCCUCAGCUUACCAGGGAGAAGCAGUGUGGUCUUUUCUUUUUUUUUGUACGGCGUUUGUGAUUUUGGACGCCUUUGUCCCAAGUUCACUGGAACUGUGAGAUGUCACACAACGAUGUGAUAGUUUAAAGGAUGUUUCAGGGGUAAAAGGCCAUCUAUAGCCAAACCUGGUAUUUCAGUUUUGUGUAGUUGCUGGCAAAGUGGCAAGGUGAACCUCGGGCAGGCUUA